GCGACAAGUCGUCAGAAGAAGUCGCCGGCGCGGGACAGCAGACCGAUGGCUACCGUCGUUCAGGGUCUAAUAUAUUAGAAAUUUGUUUUUAUUUUUUACUGCUAAAUUACGUGGGGCUGGUGCUAUGUCUUCGGGAAUGACAGGGCAAACACCGUGCCUGUCAAGUCGAUGGGAUCAGCGUGCACAACCUAAACAGAAUGUAGCUUUAGGACAGCAGCAAAGUGGUGCAAAUGCAGCCCACGCUGUCUCCUUACCAGGGGUCGCUACUAACAGCAGUGUUUCCCAGCCGGGAGAAAAGCCAGCUCCUCCUGGAGGAGUUGAAAUGGCUGCAGCAAUGGCUGCUAAAAUAAAUGCUAUGUUAAUGGCAAAAGGAAAGCUAUUGACUCCUCCACCCUUACUUGCGAAGAUUCUUCCAAGUGUGCCUGCAUCAACCAUAACAGAGGAGAUGGUGGUCACAGAGGUCGAUAUUAAUGAUGUACCAAUCAAUUGCAGGGACCUUCUUACAAAAGGAAAGACACAGGAGGAGAUCCGACAGUUUAGUGGAGCUGUUGUCUCAACAAAAGGUCAUUACAUGUCUGAAAAUGACAAGGGGAGAAUAGGAGGGCAUAGACCUUUGUAUUUGCAUGUUCAGGGAAAAUCCCAAGAUCAGGUCAAUAGAGCUGUGCUAAGGAUAAAGGAGAUCAUCUCUGAGGACGUGUUGAGGGCAUCAGCAGCAUCAGGCGGACAGCAGUUGCCUAUAAUGCCUCCGCUCACACUCUACCCUCAGCCUCCUCGGCCUGUCAUUUCAGCUGUCCCACGGAUGCCUAACAGCAACACAACACCAGGCCAGGGGCAUCGGCCUGCAGCUCCUCAUUCAGGGAGUUUUGUGCAUACAAAGAUUUUUGUGGGUCUGGACCAGGCACUGCCUUCAUUCAAUGUGAACGAAAAGGUUGAGGGUCCAGGGGGGACGUACCUGAGUCACAUCCAGACAGAGACGGGGGCUCGAGUCUUCCUCAGGGGAAAAGGUUCCGGCUACAUUGAACAAGCAUCAAAGCGGGAGUCAUUUGAGCCUCUUUAUGUUUACAUCAGCCACCCAAAUGCAACUGGACUGGAGGCAGCAAAGAAACUAACAGAGAGUCUGCUGGAAACUGUGAGAUCGGAGCAUGCCCGUAUGGUGUCUGUGUACACGGCCACAGGCUCAACACAACCAUACCCAGCACAUGGAUUUCCUCCUAAUAGCAAUUACUCUACCCAGGGGUCCUGGUAUAACUACCCAGCAAAUGGGUAUGCUGGCGGCUAUUCAGCGUACCCAGGAGCCGGUGGUUAUUGGAGUAAUGCAAAUGGUCCCCCAAGUCAUUCUAACAUGUCGACAAACCCUCCAUCUUCUCAGGCAAUGGUUCAGUAUCCGGUGUGUCCUAGAAAACCACAUCCCUAUCUGGUCCAGGAUCCUGGCAGCAGUGAGACAGUGGAGCCUGAAGGAUCGUUAAACGCCGCGCCUGACACGGGAAGUCCCAAACGUCAUUUCCAGGAGGGGUCCAAAGAAGAUGAGCCUGCCAGCAGUCCUCCAGAGGGCCCUGCUCAUCAGGAGUCUGCACCUCCUGUCUCCAGUGUUGGAGAGACUAAAGUAGUAGAAAGGAUCCUGAUGCCUCCACCGCCGCACCUCUUUGUUGCCCCGGCCCCUGUUCCCCGAAAAAGGACGAGAGACGCUGUGACAGAAGAUCCAGGCAGUCCGCCCAUCAGCGCCGCGCCAAAGGGUGUUCGAAAAAAUGUGUGCGAGAAGAAGUCUAAAGUGGAAGAAGACACAUCGGGAUUAGUGCCCUACGGAGGAGACUCCUCUGAUGAAGAGGAGGAGAGGACACGCAGCAGUAAGACAGAUAACUCAUAACCCCUACCCAUCCUCACCCCCACUGUCCAGGAUACCCACAGACCCAGAGUUUCUACAUUAAGUUCAACAAACAAGUUCUCAAACCCAUUAAAAGGAAAAAUCCACCCUUGGUUAUCAUGCACUGUUAUAGCAUUGUACAAGUGUGUUGCAAUGUUUUACCCCCUUCAUUUCUAAAAAUGUAUAUGUUACUGCUGACAACUUUUCAGGAAACUUUCAGCGUACCAGUCAUUUUAUUAUUUUGUAACAUUUAAUCAAAGAUAAAAGGAAAGGAAAUUAUUCACCUUUGUUGGGCAUUUCUUUGAAACAUCUUUAGCUACAGAUGUUAUAUCUGAUGACAAUCUCUAUAAGGCAGUAAUUAAGUACAGAUCAGUAGUGAUCAGGCUAAUGUUGCUAACAACUGGUAUUGUCUUUGAUGAAGCACCAGUUGUAAUGUUUGGUGAAAAUCCCACACUCUGGUAAAAAGGUUUUGGGCACAGGAUAGCUGUUAGGUUGAACUCCCCAUGUAGAGGCUGUAGUUCUCCAAGCAGGCAUCCUGGGUUAAAUUCAAACCUUAGGCACUUUGCCAUGUGUGAAGUCCCACUUUUUCAUCCCAGUUUCUGACUCUGUCAACUCUCCUCCCCUGAAAAAAGGCACAGAAGCCCCCAAAAUAGUAUUUAAAACUUGUUGUGGUUUUUUGCUUUUCUUACAUAGUUUUAUUUUCUCAUGGAUCUCGAAGCAUGUCUCUCACACAGUAAAUGUGAACCAGUUUGUUUAAGCAAAUUGUAAGCAUAUUUAAAUACAUGCCCAUAUAAAAACCAUGUGUGUGUAUAUAUAGACUUAUAGGUAGCCUGCCAGUGAGUUUGUCAUUGAGCAUUUGUUUGUAACCACAUGACCUUGUGGCUACAUGUCAGUAAUACUGUUAUUGACAAUACUAGUGUUUCCUCAUUUUGUUGUUGCCUUCACAGAAGCGUUUAUUGUUUGGUUGACAGUCUGACACUAAAAUGUUCAAAGCUGAUUUCUUCAGUCUUAAUGACAUACAUAGCCAGUUUUAACAGUGUGGAAUCAUUCAGGGUGGAUUUUUUUCUUUUAAGUUGUGAAAGCAGUUGUAUAAUAUCUACAAAUGUUUCUUUUUUUCUUCCUUGGAACACUUUUAAUUUUCAAAGCACCUUUUUGCUUAAUCAAAAAACAAGCCCCGUAUUUCUUUUUUAAAAAUGUAAACACUUGUUCCGCUGCAGGUGCUGAUGAUAUAAAUACAUAUUGUAAAAUUCUGUGAAGCUUUUUCUUAUCUUGGAAAAAUGGUGUAUGCCUGUUCCCAUGGAAUAUUAAAAUAAAAAACAACUGAAAACAUAA